AUGGCCGACCGACCGAGCUCGCAGGCGUCCACCACACCUACUGCCGUCGACGACCGCGGGCACGGCCAUGUACCCGACCACCAAGACUCGCAGAAUGUCUCCGAGAAGCAGUCAUCCGUUAGGAAGGAGCGACCUACUGUCGCAGUCACGCAUCCAAACUCGAAUGACACAUACGAACCCAUCCUCUUUUACGACGAACCACCUCCGCUCAACUAUACCAUCAAAACCGGCAGCCGAGAGCGUGUUAUAAUCAUCUGGUUCACUCUUCUCUUCGUCGACACCACGAAGAACCUUGCGAUCAUCACGAGCCUCAUCGGCACCGUGUCCGGAUUCAAGUUCGCGCAGCGGAUGUGGUUCCUAUGGUUCAUCCGUGACCACGUCAGUCGGAGACUGAUCGGUGUUGGACGCUGGGGCGUUGACUUCUUCCAAUACAUCCUGAGCCUCGCCAUGGCAGCGUUCUUCAUCCCGCUCAUUAUCGGUUCUUCGGUAAACCCGGGGAGUCCGCGAAUUACGGCGAUGGCUCUGCCAUGCGUCAUGCUCGUCCUGACGCUACCGCUCCUCAUCACCGGCAUCUUCCCCUACCGAGUUCGCGUACCGUGGCGUGUUUCUUCCUUCCCGCCGCGUCAGCCCCUCCCUCCCCUCGGCUAUUGCUACGUCGAGGACAUCGUCGCAGUCGACGGGGGUGGGUGCACGCAGUUCCGCCAGGCCUGGCGUACCCGCUACGAAGAAUCGCAGGUCAUUCGACACAUGGUCCGCCAGCUCUCCGUUCUCUGGGGAGUCUCGGGCCUGAUCGUCGCCGCCGGCGUGCUCGCGGCGUGCUGGACCGCGAGCGUCGACACGGGCUACGGGAUCGGCUACGGGAAUCCGUGGCUCUGGGCGCUGCUCAUGACUGCAGUGACCGUCGUGCGGGUGCACAACGAACUGGCACGCGAGAGGCGCGAAUGGGUCGCACGUAUGGAAGAGGCGCACCGCGCGCGGAGAUUGCGCAUCCGUGAGGGGAAGUACGACCCGCCCGCACUGCCGACGACGGUGGACGAGGGUCUGCGGCGGGACCUGGACGCGCGGCGCUCUGUGGACUGGCGAGACGCAGAAGGGGCGGAGCAUCGGAGGACGGCGAGCGACGGGAGCUGGUGGGUGCGGAGUAGGAGCGGUCGGAGAGGCGUGCUGAGCUCGCCGACGAGGAGGAUGAGUGGAGGGAGGGAUGGUGAGGGUGUGGCAGUGCCGGAGCCGACGGUGACGAGGGAUCUGCGGAGUGUGAGCCCGGGGAUCACGUUGGGAGGGCAGACGAGCCCUGUGUAG